AUGGAAAUCCAGGAGCACCAGGAAACCCAGGAGGCGCAGGAACCCCAGGACCCAAAGGACCCCCUGGACAAGCCGGAAGCCCGGGUCAGCCAGGAGCACCAGGACAGCCAGGAGACAAUGCAGUAUCGACACCAGCGACACCAGGACCACCCGGACCUCCAGGACCACCAGGACCUUCCGGACCUCCCGGACAGGACGGACAACCCGGAAACCCAGGAGGACCAGGGACCACCAGGAGGCGAUGGACAACCUGGAAAUCCAGGAAACCCAGGUCGCGCUGGCGAUCGAGGAGCACCAGCCGGUCCUGGAGAACGCGGUAUCUGCCCCAAAUACUGCGCCCUCGACGGAGGAGUCUUCUUCGAAGAUGGAACGCGCCGUUAA